UUUAUUUUUUAUUCGCUCCUGAAAACAAAUACCAGUACUGUACAAUAUGCCACCGGCCAAGAAGGGCAAAGGAGCGAAGGCCAAUUCUAACUCCAACUCGGCCGGGCCAACUCAGUCGUCGUCCUCCUCCGUAAAACCCCCCAACCACAAUUUUCCAUCCUGUAUUCGGUCAAUCCCUCCGUCCUCUGUGGCCAUCACCAUCCACGCCAAGCCUGGCUCCAAAUCCUCGUCCAUCACAGAUAUCAGUGAUGAGGCAGUGGGAGUGCAAAUUGACGCGCCGGCAAGAGACGGAGAAGCUAACGCCGCCCUUCUCGAUUUCAUUAGCUCCGUUUUAGGGGUGAAAAGAAGGCAAGUAUCUGUAGGUUCUGGUUCUAAAUCAAGAGACAAGGUUGUGAUUGUCGAGGAGGUAACUUUAAAAAGUGUUUUUGAUGCUUUAGAAAAAGUUUCAAAAUCCGUGUUGGAGAAAUGAGAUAGGUGAGAGGUGAUUUCUGUCUGUGAACCUGUCCUUGACGACCUUAACAAGUGACACCUGGCAAAGUGAAGCUGGAUUUGAAGAUCAUUUAUCUGCCGUCCAUUCUGAAUUAUUUCCAACAUUGCUUAUGAAAACCAGGAUCAGUUGUCAUAUUUUACCUCCUAAGGUGCAUUUUGUUUGACCAAAGUUGUAAUUACAACAGCUACAUUUAGUUUUCUUUGAAUUUUUGUUUGUAAAUAAUGGUUUUGAGUUUUGACACUACACUUCAAGUUGCUGCUCUUUUAUCAGAUAUUUUCACUUUGUCA